GGUUGUUGAUAUCGGUUCGAUAGAGUCGCUCAAUGGGUUGAUUUUGAUCAUACAAAGCAGUGUGCAUCUCGUCAAGCACUGUGCCUACUAAUUGUGCUUUUGAACUGGAAAGAAAUUGUUAUUUGACCUGGUUUUCACGCGUCUAGCUUCACCUAUCCAAGGGAGCUUACCUUUGACCCACUCACGUCUUCUUCGAGGGAAAGAAAGAGAAUGUUGAUUUUAUUCCAACAAAAAUGAGUCGCUAUUUGACCCCUUCCAAGGUUGCUCUGUUGUGUAUCAUUUCGAUCUACACCGAAGGAGUCGUUCUCAAUUCCUCCGCCAUCCAUGUCCUCUCAUUUCUGGUCGCGUCUCUUUUCCCCAUAGAUUCUGCGGAGUCGUCAGCUUCGUCGCGAAAAUGGGAGAAGCAAUGCUCGGUAUCUAUCACAGACCUGGAGGAAGCUCUUUCUGUUCAUCCAUCUUCCAUUCCUGGUCGUUCGGUUUGGGAUUUAUUUCUCAAGAAGAUCUGGUCUCUUGACUCUUGCGAUGCACUCGAGAUUUUCUUCAGUGAGAUAUCUGAGAUGCUCGUGAAGACUCGCGAAGAGCAGAUACAUGACAGAGACAAUGGUCUUGCUCUUGAAACCGGUACUAUGCGCCUUUCCAGGUGCUCGCCUUUGGGAACGUUUGUGAGAAGAGCCCAGCUUGAGUUUACACGGCUACAGUUUCAUGAUUCAGUCAAACUCUGGAAGGGAUUUGUCAAAUACCGUUUACCCACAUAUCAGAUGUGGGCAAGGAGGAACCCGUCAGAUGAACAAACCCCUGUGGAUAUCAACUUAUUUGAGCUUGAUCUGGACCCCAGCAGCGAACUCGCCCAGGUUGUAUAUGGAAAUAUCGAAGAUGACUCGGAGGAUGAGCAAUAUGUUAGUACGAAAGAUGUCGAACGACUACUGGAGUUUCAGGUUGGAGAGCUGCAAAGAUUGGGUGGAAGAGUUCCGGAUGGCAUGAAGAAACAGCUGGAACGCAUCAUCUCAUCUGGCGUGACUCUUCCAAAUCUGGCGCAUUACCUCAAAUUCCUCGAUGCCUGGAGGGCGGGUGAUUAUCCCUCGUCGUUCGACAAUCUCCACCGUUAUUUUGACUAUACUAUGCAUAGCCGUGACCGGAGCUCUUACCAAUAUGCCCUCCUUAAUCUUGCCAUUCUUCAAGCAGAUUUUGGGUGCCACGGAGAAGCCGUUUCCGCAAUGCAGGAGGCUGUUUCAAUUGCCCGUGAAUCUCACGAUAUGAACUGCUUGAAUUUCUGUAUGAGCUGGCUAUAUCAUUUUGGGAAAGCCUUCCCCGAGCAGAUGAAGGAUGUCCAGAACACGGGCAUGCUUGGGAACGAGAAAGAGGGUCUUUCAUUCUUAAAGGCAAAAGCCAAGGAAACAGAGAUGUGGAGUCUAUUAAGCACCACACUAUUGAGUGAGGCCAAACUCGAGUUACAGAAUGGUGAAAGCCUUGCCUCCUCUAUUGAGAAUAUAGUCCGAGCAUCGCAUCUCAAUGUCACAAAGAAUCUUGUGAACUCAAUGGGACCGCAACUCUUGUUACAGACUGCACUUUAUGCCAGAAUAGGAAUUACACACUUGUCGUGGUUGAGCAGCGAAAUAUUUCGUGAAUGUUAUGCAAGUAAAGCACCGUUCGAAGACUUCCUCAAGAGCACGUUUCGCAACUGUCAAUUGCUUGCUCAACAGGGUCGUUAUAAGGAUGCCACGGCCCGUAUGAAUCAAAUUGAACCAGAAAAACUCCGGUCACUCAAAGCAAAUCAACACUGGACUUUCUUUUCAGGGUUUCUACAACUACGACGACAAAUAUAUCGGGAUGACAAAGUAGCGGCGGAAUAUCUUCUAUCACAACUCCAAGCCAUUCAGCUCCUCGAUAACGAUAUAUCAGUUUUAUUGUCUUUCAUUUCGAUUGAAUUUAUGAUCCGCCAGGGAGAUUACGGCCGUGCAAUGCGCAUUGUGGAACAAACAGCCAAAUCUAUCCACCAAGAUAAUUUCGACGUUCACUCUCAAGUGAGACUGUUAUGCUUGAAAGCCCGUAUUCUUGAAAAGUCCGGCCAGCCUCAGCGUGGUUUCUCCUUGGCUAUGCGGGCAGCCAGCAUUGCACACCGGUCGAGACUACUCCCCGGUCUCUGGGAAGCAAUCUGCGUGCUUGCCGGAGUUCUACUCAGCCUUAAUGAAUUUGAAGCCGUUGGCGAAAUGAUGGAGAGCAUCAUGCCGCAGAUUCUGGAAUCGGACGAUUGUGAACUCGCUGCGCAAGCAUAUUCCCUGCUUGUAGACGCGAACAUGGGCGUGGCGGGCAAGUUAUGGAGUCAGGGCCAGAAUACACCCGUCAGAAAGGAGUAUAUGAACCGUGCGUUGGGAUACAUUGACUGCGCAUAUGACCAAUACGAGGAGAUCGAAGAUAUCAAGGGACAAUGUGAGAUGAUGGCCAAGAAAGCUACGGUGAUGCAUCUGACGGGCGAUUUGGUACUUGCCAAUGACUACGCUGCCAAAUAUUUGGAUCUCCAAAAACAGGGUGGUUCGUGGAGAUAGCUGCAAACCAUGGUGUAUAGUAGUAGUUACCAGUAUUUUGACAUGCUUUCUCAAUGAUAUAUGCAAUAAUCAAAGCUUCUUCAUAUU